CGGACGCGCGCACGCACUCCACUGUACUGUCCACUCUCCACUCAGCGGCUCAUUUGUUUUGACUUCCAUGUAUAUCAAAAUCCUACUCCCCGAAAAAGCGAUAAAUUAUGCCGACACGCGCUGAUCCCGCUUCACCGAACCACCGCGGCUGUUUCACCCGGGAGAAACCUGCUGUAUGUUAACUGAGCGAUCUCGUUUUGGCAUGGGAAAGGUGAACAGGUUUUUCCGGGGGUAAACGCUGCUGCAGAGGCUAUGAGCUAACGGCUAACUAGCAUCCAGCCGGCUUCUGUGGGCUGCGGAUGCUAACGGCGGCUAACGGGCUAACGCGGCUAACGGCGGGGGGACGCAGCGGAGCCACACCGGGAUGGGGAGCUGAAAACCGGCCGCUGUCAGUCGCUGUACCCGGGUAGCUUUCCAGCACGGACGCUAGUGAUGAGUUAGUGAUGAGCACGUUUAAUAUUUCUAAUAGCAAAAUAGGUUCUGCCGUGGAUCUAAGCGGCACCAAUAACAACCAGGACUGGACUUCUCUGGCGGGGGACGUGUACUCGUACUGCCCCGCCGGGAUGAGCCCCACGGACGAGACGGUGCAGGCGGGCAUGUCCUCGGUGCAGGCGGGGCUGAGCGAGCACCUGCGGGGUCUCGGGUCCAGCGAGGAGCAGCUGCUGUUGGAGCUGGGGUCCCCGCCGGGCUUCCUCCAGCAGGGGGGGUCCCAGGAGUCGAGCGACAGCGAGGGGAACUGCGCCGCGCCGCUGUACGAGGGCAGGAGGAAGAGGUCCCGCUCCAACAGCUCCCGGCACCGGUUUCACGACGUGGUGACGGAGCUGGGGCCCGAGGAGGUGCGCUGGUUCUACAAGGAGGACAAGAAGACGUGGAAGCCCUUCUUAGGACACGACUCUCUCAAGAUCGAGCUGGUGUACAGGAAGUACCCCGAGCUCUACUCAAGGACUCCAGACAACCAGGUAAACAAUGCAGACGAGGAGUUCUCCGGUAACGGCAUGGAGAGCAGGGGGCUGAACGGAGCCAGCCCGGCCGACUCAAAGCCCAGCGCGGUGCAGUCUCCGCGAGAGUCCAUAGACGCCUCCGCCCUGUCCCCCAACCACAGGGACCUGGACGGCCUCGCGGUGUCCGUGGAGCCCGUGUGCGUGAGAGGGGGACUCUACGAGGUCGAUAUCGCCGUCAGAGAAUGUUACCCGGUCUACUGGAAACAACAAGACCACAUCCCGGUGAUGCGUGGGCAGUGGUUCAUCGACGGCUCGUGGCUCCCUCUGGACGAAGAGGAGAGCGACCUUAUCGAGCACGAGCACCUCCGGCACUUCAGGGGGCAGCAGGUGCAGGACACGCUCGAGACGGACAUGGUGGUCAGCACGGUCGACCGCAAAGAUGCCAUCCACCACCUGAAGCUGAGUCGGACCCACGUGGACUGGCACAGCGUGGAAGAAGUCUACCUCUACAGCGACGCGACCACCUCCAAGAUUGCGCGAACGGUCACUCAGAAACUGGGCUUCUCCAAAGCCUCCAGCAGUGGCACGCGGCUGCACCGGGGCUUUGUGGAGGACUCGUCUCCGGAGGACAGGCCCCCUCAGACCACUCACAUCGUGUUUGUGGUGCACGGGAUCGGACAGAAGAUGGACCAGGGACGGAUUAUCAAGAACACCGCAAUGCUGAGGGAAGGAGUGAGGAAGAUGGAGGAGAAGCACUUCCCCGGGCACAAUGACGAGCACGUGGAGUUCCUGCCUGUGGAGUGGCGCUCCAAACUCAGUCUGGACGGAGACACAGUGGAAACCAUCACUCCAGACAAAGUGCGAGGCCUGAGGGACCUCCUCAACAGCAGUGCCAUGGACAUCAUGUAUUACAACAGUCCUUUGUAUCGGGACGAGAUCACCAAAGGGCUGACGCAGGAGCUGAACCGACUGUACAGCCUGUUCUGCUCGAGGAACCCGGACUUUGAGGAGCGCGGGGGGAAGGUGUCUGUGGUGUCUCACUCUCUGGGCUGCGUCAUCACCUACGACAUCAUGACCGGCUGGGACCCCGUGCGCUUCUGCCUGCAGGAGAGCCGCUGCAUGGAGGAGGAGCUGGACCAGCGCUGGAUGUCCUACGAGGAGAGGCACGUGCUGGAGCAGAUCAAGAUCACCAGGAAGAGGUUGAGAGAGUUGGAAACGCAGCUCAUCGACCUGGAGGCCAGCAGACCCUCCGCACGUCCAGCUCUCAAGUUUAAGAUAGAGAACUUCUUCUGCAUGGGCUCUCCUCUGGCCGUGUUCCUGGCCCUCAGAGGGAUUCGUCCCGGGGCCAGCGGACACCAGGACCACAUCCUGCCCACGUCCAUCUGCAGCCGCCUCUUCAACGUCUUCCACCCCACCGACCCCGUGGCCUAUAGAUUGGAGCCCCUCAUUCUCAAACACUACAGCAAUAUAUCUCCUGUGCAAAUCCACUGGUGCAGCGCCACAAACCCCACCCCGUACGACGAGCUGAGGCCCACCUUCCUCACGCCGGUGAAGGAGCCCACGUCAGACACAGACAGCAUCCCCAGCCCCAGCACGUCCCCCGUGCUCCCGCGCAGACACUACGGGGAGUCCAUCACCAGUCUGGGCAAGGCCAGCAUCCUGGGGGCGGCCAGCAUCGGCAAAGGCAUCGGGGGCAUCCUGUUCUCCCGAUUCUCUCGCUCCAACAGCCAGCCGUCCGUGAGCCUGGGAGCGGAGGGCGUGCCCACCACAGAGGAGGAGGAGCAGAAGAGAGCCGAGAGCCAAUCAGCGUACGGCCUCUCGUCCAUGGCCCGCCCCACCUCGCCCACCGUCGACACAUCGCUCGAGCUGGAGCGGCGCAUAGACUUCGAGCUGCGCGAGGGCCUGGUGGAGAGCAGGUACUGGUCGGCGGUCACGUCCCACACCAGCUACUGGUGCUCCCACGACAUCGCGCUCUUCCUCCUCACCUUCAUCUACAGGCCCUGCACCAGCCCGACCCCCCAGCAGCAGCAGCAGAGCGCCGACGAGGGCCUGGAACCGGACUGAGCCCACGUCCCAACCCGGGCCAGACCUGAACUCCUCUCGCUCACGUCGUCUCCAAACAAACUGACCCACGUAUCAUUCCAUUCCCAACGUGCUUUUUGUCUCAUUUUGUGUAAUUUUUUUUACACAUUUGCUCAAAAUGUCAGUGGCUUUUGGACCAGCAGUCUCUCAAGUCCGUUUUUAUUUUACUAAAAGGUGUAAAACUGUUUAAUACGGCGCUGGAGGGCAGGUCAGAAUUCUAUGGUCAAAUUUGCCUUGGAAACUGUCACGUUACAGAUUUGUUGACCUGGUUUUUUGGUUAAUAUCUCUGCGAUUACUGGGCCUAUCCACAUGAAACAAAAACUAUGCUGCGUUCAGAUCGUGGCGUCAAAAUCAUCACCAAAUCAUCACCAAAUUUGGACCAAUGUUCAGAUUUUUCAACGCUGCUCGAACACUCAAGACGCGUCAAACGGAUAAUGAUGUAAGCGCCUACACCCCCCUGACGCCCCCGACGCCGCGGUCUGAACGCAGCUUUAAGAAGAUUAAAGGUGAUCUGUGUCACUUUUCUGGUGGAGCUUCACCAUCUGCUUUGCCGGGAAUAUUACAGUGUGGCAUUAACCUUUGCCCUGAAUGUGUUGAAUUACAGGUGUUUUAAUGCUCACAAAUACCUUAAAAAAAAACAUCGAACUGUGAGUGAGGCUUGACUCUGCACACAUCAAACCUCCAACUUCACCUUGUGGCAUUACCGGCUUGUCUCCAUAGAGAUCGGAGUUUAAUUCCAUAUCGAUACUGUAUCCUGGUUAUGAUCGGGUUUUUUGAGUAAAGCUGAGUUAUAUUAUCUAACGGGCUGAUGUGGCUCUAUAGUGGUUCUAGUUUCUGUGUUGUAAAGUCGAGUUUAUUUAUGCAGAAGAUUUUAAUUAACAAUCUGCUGCAGUGUAGAACUUACACGUACAAUGUUUGGAAACGUCGGGUUUGAUCUUGAGCAGAGGGUCAUAGCUCCUCACUGCUGUUAGGAACCUCCCGAGAUUCCUCUGCUAAAGGAACUAAAUUAAGUGAAGUUAAUUUUUGCGCUUGUGCAUUUGUAAGAUUAUAUCAAGAAACCGGGAUGCUCCAUUUGAUCAUGUGCACAGGGAUGUGAGUGUCCCGGUUUCUCAGAGCACAUGUAAACGCAGUAUCUCAAAUACUGCAGUAACCGGGAUACUGAUGUGCCUGUAUACACGCUCAAUAUGGAAUUAAACUACUGUAUUUUUCGGACUAUAAGUCGCUCCGAAGUAUAAGUCGCACCAGCCCAAAAA